GCGAACACAUAUCUGUAUAAUGUAUUCUGGUCAGCCUCGUUGACGGUAAGUUUGUGUGUGUGUUUGCCUCCAUAUGGUUUGUGCUUUAUUACAUUAUUUACAUGUCGUAUCCAUUAAAUGCUGAAGCUGUCGAAAGUGUCGGGCCAGUGGUCAAUUUUAUGUUUUCAACAUGUGUCAGCAUUGUACACAACAGUAUUCCUCUUCACCUUAAAUCUAACUUUCUAACAUGCAUGCUUUAUGAAAUCACAACUAGUUUGGAGCCAAACUUGAAUCUUCUAGUGCACAAACACUGAAAAUGGACUUUACAGUGAAGUAGGGAACAUGUUGUGCCAUUCAUGUUCAGUUAGAGAAACAGAAUUGAGUUAUUUUGGUUAUGAAUCUAGUAGUCAUCCUAAAAUUUUUUGACUAACAUUGAAAAUGCCCCAAAAACUCAAUCAAACUAAAAAAAUCCACGUUUUUCAGGACUUAUCCAGUUGCUAGGCAGCAUGUGUUUCCUUAUGUAAUUGUGAGCCAGGGAAUUAUGCAGGACAAAGGUCGGAGGUUCUUUUUUAACAUUUGAACAAAAGAGUGCAGUUCACCCCUGGAUCAGUUGUAAAACUUAAUAUUCAACUCUGCACCUGUGUGGGCAGAGCAACCUGUUUUAACUAGAUAUACAUGGCACAUUAUUGUUUUAUGCAUGUUGGUGUUUAACCUUUACUUAUUUUGAUUUAUAGGGCAGACAACGACAACAUAAUGGUCAGUGUGCACAUGAACAUGGUAACACUACGGCAGCUUAUAGGCAUGAAGAUGAUACCGUGCUUCACUCUACACAGGAGGCUGGCAUGUUUGCAUGGUGCAGUGGGUGCAGUUCGAUGGAGGAGCAGCUAUAAACAAGCCCCUGUACUAACAGCCACACCGGAUCGUGCCCUCAUAGAUCAACCCAUCAGUGUUAAAGGACGUUUCCUGACACCACACUCUCCAGUUACAGUGUGUGCACAAAUGCACAGUGAAGAUGAGGACCUGUGGGAGGCAUUUGCCCACUACAAUACAAAUGCAGAUGGCACUGUCGACUUGGCCAGGGAUCAUUCAGUCGGGGGUUCAUAUUUGGGCUGUGAGCCAAUGGGACUCCUCUGGGCACUGCAGCCAGCACCGGGUGCACGAGAAGGUUUGAGACUGAGGAAAAAAAAUGUAGAGACUCCAUACAUAGUGCAGAUGUCUUUAAUGGAGGGCCACGUGUCACCCAGUGAGCGACAGAGCGCUGAGCUGGCUACUGUGACUACUGAGCGCUGGUAUAUGGCACCAGGUGUAAAGAGAAUAGACAUUCGCCAAAAUGGAGUUGUAGGAACUUUGUUCUUGCCGCCUGGUCCAGGCCCAUUUCCAGCCAUGCUGGACCUGUGGGGAAUGGGUGGAGGACUAGUAGAGUACCGCUCUGCCCUGUUUGCAUCCAAGGGCUAUGCUAGCCUUUCCCUCGCCUACUUUGGGCACAAAGACUUACCUCCCCCACAGAAUACCAUCAACGUUGGUGAUGCAUAUUUCAAGUCAGCAUUCGAGCUGCUCCGUGAUCAUCAUCAGGUCUGUGCCGACAGAGUUGGGAUCAUCGGUCUCUCCUUUGGAGUCUACGUGACUCUUCAAAUUGCCACUCAGACUGGUGUCAAACCAUCCUGUUUGAUUUGUAUCAACGGCCCAGUAGGAAGUACCAUCAAGCUCCCAGACUCAAAUGGACAGAGGGAAAUCUUUGAAAGUGAAGAGAAAUAUUGGACUUAUGAUGAUAAAGGCCACGUCAGUUUUAGAGAUAUUUCCUUGCCUGCAAACCUUCACCCUGAGAGCAAAGUGAAGAUUGAGAAAGUUGCCUGUCCACUAAUGUACAUAGUGGGUGAAGACGACUUGAGUGCUUCGAGCAUUGAGAAUGCAAAUGUGAUCGAAGAGACCCUGACAGCUGCAGGUAAAUCCCACCUGUUUACCCGUUUGUCUUAUCCCGGUGCUGGUCACCUAAUUGAACCACCUUACUCACCAAACGUAAGAACGUCGCUGUGGAGCGUCAAACCAAGAAAACUCAUCACUGUGUGGGGAGGUCACCUCGCACUCCACGCUGCUGCCCAGGAGGACGCCUGGAAGAAAAUCCUGGAUUUUAUGGAAAGUAAUCUGAGGGGGUGAAGUCUUGUUUUGUUUGAGGACUGCACAUGCAGAAAACGUGCAUGUUUUAUUUUUAAGAUGCAGAGUACUUCCUGCAACUGCCGUGCAACUAAUUCAAAAGCGGAAAUGCACCAAAAGCUAGAAGCCAAAGCCAUAAAGAAAGAAGAAGGACUAAUUCAAAAACUCACACACUCACUCAUUCACAUUUAGCAAGCUGCAGAUCCUCCACAGGGUGGGGGUGUUCAGUCACUGUCAGAACACUACUUUGCCCGUUAACAUACACUUCAUACAGGAAGGAGAAGGCAGAUCAGCUGCUGCUUAGACCCCUAUGUUAUGUUGCCAGUUGCUACAGGCACAUGCAACUUUGACACUCCACAGGUAGUUUGGGCGCUGUGAUCUUCAGGAACUGUUUUCAGAGUGAGUCAGUGACCAGAGUUGGUCAUUGUAAUCCAUUUUAAUAGGGGUGUGACGAUGCACUCAGCUCACGAGACGAGACACGAUAUUGGGUUCACAAGAUCAAGGUGAGACGAGAUUUUAACAAUAAGAA